AUGCUCUGCUGUUCAAAUGCAAAAAAAUAAAAAACAUCUCAAUCCCAAAAUGCAAUUAAAUUGUAAACUCAUCAAAUCUAAUAAGAAGAAUCUCUUAACAUAAAUGAUGAAGCCUGCACAUUUCAUACUACAAUAUAAAUUCAGCAAUUCAACACUAUUUAGACCUACAAAAUUACUUUGGAUCACUAAACUAUAAGGUCAAAUAGCCGUACAAACAAUGAACACCUUGCCUAAACUGUCAUUGUUGAAUAAAUUAGAAAAACCCCAUUUUUUACUUACAAGAAAGGUGGAACCGACAUUUCAACCAAAUUCUUAUCAACUAAGUAAGGGUAUACUCUCCUAGUAACAGCUCUUUCAAAAUGA